AUGGAUUACACCGUGGAUUACACUGAUGUCUUACGCCAGGGCCUGGGCGAAUGGUCGCCCAACGGAAAAUUCCUGGCCGGAGCUCAGCAGAAUCGGCUUCAGAUCCGAGAGCAUGAGUCUCUGAAGCUUCUGCAGGUCUUCAUUUGCCUGGACAAGGUCGAGAGGAUUGAAUGGUCUCCUGAUUCCCAGCUGAUCCUGACGGAAGUGGCGCGACCAGGAGUGCUGCAGAUUUGGAGCAUGAGGGACAGCGAGUGGACCUGCCGUAUCUACGAAGGUUUAGCUGGCAUUGCGCACGCGUGGUGGGCGGAUGCAGAGACAGUGUUGGUGACUGUCGACUUUCAGCUCUAUGUGUCCAUUUGGCAACUGCAGGAGGGAAGCAGUGCCAUACAGAUCCCUCGUCCCAAGUUCCGGCAGCGGGGUGUCGCGUUCAGCCGCGACGGCUGUUGGCUAGCAGCCCUCAGGCGGGUGGAGUGCAAGGACAAAUUGAGCGUCUACAACGCGGAAGGGAAGUUCACCUGUCUCACUGAUGUGGCCCUUCCCGGCGAUGCUGCCAAUCUCCUCUGGGGACCUGACGAUAACACGUUGGUAGUUUGGGAGAUGCCUGGUCGAUUGCCUUGGUGUCGCAUGUACACCUUAGCCGGUGAAUGCUUGGUGCAGCUUGGGGAUGGCUUUCCAAGGUCAGUGGUGGCGUCACCCUCUACAGCUCUGCUGGCAGCGUGCGGCAUUGAUGGGCAAUUGCAGCUGCUGAGUGCCGUGAGCCAGAAGAUUGUGGCCAGCUUCGCUCAUGCACUAGACCUCAGUGAGUGUGAUGAUGAGGUAUUUUUCUGGGAGGAGGACUUUGAAAUGAACGAGCCAGGGGGUCUUCGCUACCGACGACUUCAGGACUUUCCACGCUUGGAAGAGCGAAUUGGCCCAGACACUCUUGAUGCAGAUGGGAUUCCAAGGCAGGGCAUUACCGUGGCUCAGUGGAGCCCAGAUGAACGCUACCUGGCAACCAAGCACGAGUCAUUUCCCAGUGUGGUAUGGAUCUGGGACCUUGGGAAGAUGGUCCUGGCUUCCUUGCUGUGCCACAACAGCAGGGUGAAAUCCCUGGUGUGGGAUCCCAUGGCCACAGGAGAUCGCUCCCGUUUGGCCAUCAGCACUGCAGACCCGGUGCUGUUUUUGUGGUCGCCACAGCACGCGGAAGCCCUGCCCUGCGCCUUGUCUGCGGCGAGGUUGCGAUGGCGUUCGGAUGGACGCAGCUUGCUUUUGCAAGAGAGGGACAGAGUGUCAGAGAGGAUCAGAGAGGACUUCGGAGGCUCAGCAGAUUUAGGUUUCCCAGGAACCAAUGGUGCUGUCCAUGCCAAUUCUUGGGCUGUUGGCCAUGGCCAUGAGGUCCCUACUGCUGUGGCUGCAGCUGCCGCAGCUGCUGCUGUACCAUUGCCAGCCUUGGCCGGCGAGCCUCCAAGCGUUGGCAUCCAUUGGUACUGGGACCUGGGCGUUGGCACCCUCCAUGGUGAGACUGCCAGUGUGGUGAUGAUGGUCGUCUUUGUCACGGUCAUCUUUGCCCUGUUGGGCGCUGGCGGUUCUACAAGUUCUUCCCGACGGCCACCAAAUUGGAACUUGAAGGACUGCCUGGUGAUGAUGGCGCGCAGCGGAUCGCAGCUGCUGAGUGUUGCCCUGCUUGCCCUCCUGGCCAUUUGCGCUUGGGUGCCUGCAUUCAUCUCCAGCAAGACACAGGUCCCUACUGCUGUGGCUGCAGCUGCCGCAGCUGCUGCUGUACCAUUGCCAGCCUUGGCCGGCGAGCCUCCAAGCGUUGGCAUCCAUUGGUACUGGGACCUGGGCGUUGGCACCCUCCAUGGUGAGACUGCCAGUGUGGUGAUGAUGGUCGUCUUUGUCACGGUCAUCUUUGCCCUGUUGGGCGCUGGCGGUUCUACAAGGAGAAUAAUUCGGGCUGGUCCAAUUGUGAUGAUGGCGCGCAGCGGAUCGCAGCUGCUGAGUGUUGCCCUGCUUGCCCUCCUGGCCAUUUGCGCUUGGGUGCCUGCAUUCAUCUCCAGCAAGACACAGGUCCCUACUGCUGUGGCUGCAGCUGCCGCAGCUGCUGCUGUACCAUUGCCAGCCUUGGCCGGCGAGCCUCCAAGCGUUGGCAUCCAUUGGUACUGGGACCUGGGCGUUGGCACCCUCCAUGGUGAGACUGCCAGUGUGGUGAUGAUGGUCGUCUUUGUUACGGUCAUCUUUGCCCUGUUGGGCGCUGGCGGUUCUACAAGGAAAGCAUGCAUGGAUGACGAUGUCUGCAAAUUGCUCACCGAUUUGGUGCGUAGCUCCAUGAAGCGCUGCCAUCAGGAUCAGAGCGAUCCGGAGCCAAUCACCACCUGGGGUCUCUAUGUGGGUGGCAUGCGCGAAGCCAACAACCUAGAGAUGUUGCAGCGGCUUCACAUCAGUGCCGUUGUGAAUGCUUCCCCGGAUGUAGUCCACGUGGACUAUCCCAAGCAGUGGCACGUUUUGACUGUGGACGCAGAGGAUGAUGAAUUCUACCCAUUGCUGGAAACCCAUCUAGAGGCGGUGGUCGAAUUUGUGGAUCAGCAGAGGGCUGAGAAGCGGCCGGUGCUACUGCAUUGCUUUGCGGGAAUGAACCGCAGCGCUGCACUUUGCGCAGCAUAUCUCAUGGUGAAGGAGCGGCUUGGUCUCUUCCGCGUGGUGAAGCUGCUGAGUGAAAAGCGCGGAUGGAUCCUCAGCAACGAUGGUUUCAUGCAUCAAUUGGUGCGCUUGGCGCGGGAAGAGGAGCUACUGGACCCCGUGCCCUCGCCACGCCUGGAUGCGGUCGCAGAAGAGCCGCACGAGCCCCACGAGCUGGACGAGCCGCACCACGAUGUGGGCGAGUUGGAGGAGUUCCACCGAACUCGUGCGCGUAGUUCCAGCAACACAGGUGCUCCACGCUGUCAUGCUUCCAAGUUGGGCCGAUCGCUUUCCAGGAUGUCCGUGGAUGGAGAGACCGACAGCUCCCUGCAACGCGGCAAGACGAAACUUGAGCGAAGAUUUUCGAGAUCCUCAUCUGCCAUGUCAGAUGUAUCUGAGGAGGGCAGGAAAGUGCCCAGGACAUCUGACCAACCACUUCGACACCGAACGAAUUCGGACAAAGACUUGGGCUAUGCAUCCAGGUUGCCAAGGCAAGACUCCAUUUCAUCAGACUUGAAGAAGAUCAAAGCCUUAAAGGAUCUGCGAGAGGGCACAGCAAAACUUCAACCUGGCAUGUAUCUUUAUGUCAUUAUGCUUGGGGAUCCAGAGUAUAUACGGCUGAUACAUGAAGACCAUCUGGUACAUGAAGGAGUUCUUGCAGGCCACACCUCUUUAGUGGAACGGAACGAGUUCCGCAGGGGCUGGGCAAAGCAGUGGAACAACAACGACCCUGAAGUGCGGCACACCGUGCUUUAUGCUGGUGAGCUUGAAUAUGAACAAGGGGUAGGCGUGACCAUGUGGAAUAACCAUUCGGGUCAUUACACUCCUUCGGCCAAAGAUCAUGUCCGCGUACACUUGGAUCCCUCCACCUUCGUCCCCUAUGACGAGGAGGAGUGA